CGUGCUGCUUUGGCACUAGCAGUAGACGCCAAGCGCUUGCACAAGACACUCGCACACACGCAGGCGUUACAGUUCUCAUGGCACCGUGCUGCCCCAUGCACGCCGAAAUUACUUUUCUGCUUGCUUUGGCGAUGCCAAUCUGUACUACGAUAUUAAUUUGCAUCCUAAAAAUUGCCCCCUAUAAAUCCGUGUACCUUGGUCAGGAGAUCGAUCACAAUCAUCAUCAACAUCAGAUCUGUAAGACUCGAAAGAGAUUUAGUAAGAGUGUGGACUAGAUCUAGAGAGUACAGAGUGAGAGGAUGUCGACAAGAAGUGGCAAGCCGCUCCUCGUCGUGAUCCGACGGAGCAAGCUCUCCGCAGGAGGUGAGGGCCGCCGCAUCUGCACAGAGUUCAAGCAGGCCAUGUACCCCUUCAAGUGGAGAAGGUACAUGUGCGCAAGGUGCGGGGUGCUCCGUGAUGAGCACAGGGCCUCCAAGAGCAAGGUCUCCGCAGGAGAUGAGGGGGACCACAUCGCAGGUAAGAGCAAGCUCUCCACAGGAGAUGAGGGCUCGCACAUAGCUGGCAAGAGCAAGCUCUCCGCAGGAGAUGGGGGCGAGCACGACACCGACAAGAGCAAGCUGUUUGCAGGAGAUAAGGGCGAGCACAGCGCUGACAAGUGCAAGCUCUCUGCAGAAGAUGAGGGUGAGCGCAGCGCCAACAAGAGUAAGAUCUCUGCAAGAGAGAAGGGAGAGCGUGUCUGCACCGAGUUCAAGCAGGCCAAGUACCCCUUCAAGUGGAGAAAGUACAUGUGUGCCAGGUGCGGGGUGCACCGUAGCGAGCACGGUGUCAGCAAGGCCAAGGCCAAAGUGUACGACGACAUGGAGAAUAUCAGGGAGGAGCUCCUGCCGCCACGCAAGAGGCUCAUUCUCAGGUUCAAGCGGUCACAGGCCCUUGCCGCUGCUGCUGUUGCUGCAUCCAGGGAGAAGGAGAACAAGGAGGGGGAGCUAGAGGAAGGGGAGAUCACCUGGAGCCCCGGCUCGACGAUCACCAAGGGAAAGAGAGCCACAAGGAGAAAGCCCUAGGAUGCACCGUAAACUGCGCAAUGCACCAUUGAGAACUUGUUAUAUGUGAAUCUCUUCAGCUAUGUGAGACAACUUGUGUACUGGUCCGAUGUACACUUCUUUAACUUUAACCAAGUCUACCCCAUAUAUAUAUAUCAGAUGUGGUGGACCAUUCGUGCUUGUUUCCUAAA